AUCCAUUUUACUCCAGCGCUCUCUCUCCACUCUCCACCCAAAAAACACCAAAUCAAACAGAAAAAAAUAAAAAAAUCCUCACUCAAUUACCCACACCGGCGAUUGUAAUCUCGCCGGAGAAAUGAACAUUCCGGCGACUACAUCUUCUAAAUUUACACGCAAUGUCCGUGCUUCCGAUCAUCCUCGCCACGUCUUCCACGAAAAAAUUCUAAGCUGACUAGAAAGUAUUCGAUUUUCCGAACCUUGAAUAUAAGGUACCGGAUUAUUUUUGCUUAUAGAGAGAAAUUUUUAGCAUACAUUAAAAUUUUUAAGAGGCUUUUUUUUUACUGGGAUACAAAUUUGAAGCUUUGGGAUUUUUGACUCUAGUAGCUUAAUGGAGAGGUGAAAUGUGCGUGAAUUUUGUAAAAAAUGUACUGAGUAUCGGCAGUCAUUGAUGAGUCACUUGUAAGUCUCUCUGAGUCUGUGCAAACCUGUUUGAGAGCUCUGAAAAUGGAGCAGAACUGACACCCUGCGUUUUAACCACAGCUAGCAUUCAAUUUUUUUUUUUUUAAAGCGUUUGGUCUUUCCCAGCCUUCUCUUUCACCAUCUAAAAAAAAGGAAAUUCGUAGUUGUUAUGCCUUUUCCCAUGAAGAUCCAACCGAUUGAUAUUGACUGUCAGAAUUCAGCAGUUCCGGCAAGGGCUGAACCGGUCAAGCCGGUUCUGAAAUCGCGUCUAAAGAGACUGUUUGACCGCCAGUUUCGAGUUUCAUCGGUAGAAAAACAGAGUGUUAGUGAAGGGAACAAAGAUGGAGGUUCUGAAUUUGAACCUAGCUCCGUUUGUUUGGCAAAAAUGGUGCAAAAUUACAUCGAGGAAAGUAACGAGAAGCCGCCGCCGCUGUUUCGCGGUGGCCGCCAUAGAUGUAAUUGCUUUAACGGGAAUAAUAACGACAGCUCCGAUGAUGAAUUUGAUGUGUUUGGUGGUAGUGGUGGCGGUUUUGGUGAAUCAAUUAGCAAUGGAUCAUUUGGUGACGCCUCUGAUAUUCUCAAGAGCUUGAUUCCCUGCGCUAGUGUUUCCGAGAGAAACCUUUUAGCUGAUACAGCAAUGAUCGUCGAGAAAAACAAAAACUGCAAACAGAAAGACGAUCUGAGAAAGAUUAUAACCGAUGGAUUAUCAUCUCUUGGUUAUAACUCCUCUAUUUGCAAGUCCAAAUGGGAUAAAUCCCCCUCUCACCCUGCCGGAGAAUAUGAGUAUAUAGAUGUGAUAAUCGAAGGAGAGAGAGUUUUGAUCGAUAUGGACUUCAGAUCGGAGUUUGAAAUAGCGAGAUCAACUGGUGCUUACAAGGCAAUUCUACAGUCUCUGCCACAUAUCUUCGUUGGAAAACCGGAUCGGUUGGGCCAGAUUGUGUCAAUCGUAUCGGAAGCAGCGAAACAGAGUUUGAAAAAGAAAGGCAUGCAUUUUCCUCCUUGGAGGAGAGCAGAGUAUAUGCGUGCUAAAUGGCUCUCUCCUUUCACCAGACUAAAGAACGACAGCGUUUCAUCAACUACUUCCAUGUCAGAAAGCGAGAAACACGAUGACUGUUCAGUUGCGAGCGAUGACUGUGGUGAACUUGAGCUGAUUUUUGGCGACAAAAUGUCGCCGUUGGAUAGUAAUUCUUCCUCGCCGUCUUUGUUAAAAAUUCCCGACGAGGAGGAUGAGAAUGAGAAAGUAAAGGAGGAGUUCAUGACGUGGCAGCCACCGGCUUUGAAACCCAAAAGUAUAGAUAGAGGAGCGAAGAUGGUGACUGGAUUAGCUUCUCUGCUCAAGGAGAAACCAUAAACAAAUUUUGAUUUUUCUUUUUCUCGAAUUUUCCAUAUAAAAAAAAAUUACAUAUAAGUAAGAAAGUUAUAAAUCGGAUAAUGCUACGCGUACGAGACCUCUUUCUCCAUAAUGUUCCUUUAGUUGUUUUUUUCUCUUUAAAAAAGAAAAAAAAAAAAAAAAACUUACAAGGGUCUGUAAUUUGCAGAGGCAGUAGAGAAUCUAUGAAUAUGAUUCCUGUAAUAAACUUUAUGUUAUUAUUAUUAUUA